CUCGUUACUCAUUAACUCCUCUCUUCAUUCAGCCGGAGAGAGCUCCGGAUAAGCGGAUCGUAACAGGCACCAAUCAGAGAUGGCUCGCUGGAAUACUCAAAUAUUUGCGCGGCUUCUAAUGUUGGGUCUGUCCAUGUCUUGGUUUUAUCACACGGAAGCUGUACCUACUGCAGUACCGUGUCCUCCUAAUACAGUCUACGGCUGCAUGCGGCAAUGCUACAGCAACUGCGACAACCUGAACAGCACCUACGAAGCCUGCAUUGAGAUUUGCAAACUCGGAUGCGAUUGCCCGGAAGGCUACGUCUUUCAGUCCAAAGACUCGAAGGUCUGCGUGCCGGUCUCUGAAUGCGCGGUCAGCUGCCCCGAAGGCAUGGACUUCAUCCCAUGCUAUAGGUUCCCUCUCCAGACCUGCGACACGUUGGGCAUCCACUAUGUACCCUCCCGUUACUGCAGACCCCGCUGCGUGUGUAAAGAGGGGUACGUCCUCUCCAAUGACCCCAAGCCACACUGUAUAAAAAAGACCCUGUGUCCCAAUUACCUAAAACCCACGGUAUAAAGAAGACCCAAUUUAAUGCCGAUAGGGUCACCCUUAUCACGCCAAUGGAUUUCUCCAUUCAAUGCGCCAAAAAAUAAAUAAAUACACAAAAUAUAUAGAAUAAUAUAGAAAGAAUUUAAUAAUAAGCCAGCACGUCGACACACUGAAGUCCCCAUGAAAUCCGGACUGAUAAUUGUGUAUGGUGAAGAAAUGUGAAACGAUAAGAAGAAUAAAAAAAAUCCAUCUGA